AUGAACGCCGGACAGAAGAGUGCGAGGCGUGCGGCACAUUCAAGUAAUGUCCUCUCACGCGACAACACCUGCAGGAGCUGCUUGCAUCGCCUGAACAUCUCCUCCAACUCUCGGCGCCAUGCCUCUGCCGCAGCUGUGCUUGCCGAACAGCCUGCUUCAUCUGAGAACGAAGUCACCGCCUCUCCCUCCACUCCUCCAGCCACAGCGACCGGUCCGCGACGAGUGUUCCGCCUGCUAUGUUCUCCUGUUGUUUCACGGCCGCCCAUUCUCACCCGGGAGCUAACAUCGUUUGAGAAAGCAUUCUUUCUCUAUCAAAAGCGUCUGAAUGAGCGUCUUGCGCUGCCAUUCACACGCUACUUCUACUACAAAAAGGACACACCCGCUGAUAUCGAGUGGAAGCGAAAGGCAAAGGCACGCAAAGGAACUGCUGCACGGGAUGUUGGAGUCUACAAUGCGUAUGAUGAAGAAGGCUGGAACGACGRGGUAUUGGUGGGCAGCAAGCUAAGCGAGCCGAGUGAUGUGGUGGAGAAGUUGAUUCGUGAUGCGGAGGGCAAGGAUAUUGUGGAUGCGGAGCCUCAAGGCGAUGCCGAGACGGGUGGGCAGUCUGUGAGUGGAAAUGCGGCGGUAGGAGAGGGAACAAGAAAGCCUGUGGGCGACGUGGUUGUGGAGAGGCCGCAGCCGAGAACGACCAAGGAUGAUGCAGAGGGGAAUAAGAAGAGUUUGAACAGGAAGCUGGACCGGAGUUUAUACUUGCUUGUGAAGAACAAGGAGGGAGCGUGGCGGUUCCCGCAAGAUCGUGUUCUGGGGCGGGAGAGCUUGCACCAGGCUGCCGAACGCAUUCUACUCCAAGCAGGGGGCAUGAACAUGAAUACCUGGAUCGUUGGAAACCACCCAAUCGGUCAUUAUGCAGCCAAGUUCGCAAAACCUUUGCUCUCGAAAAUCCUGGGCAACCGGCUGGUAUCUACAUCGCAGGAGGAGUUGGAGCAGGAGGAGCACGGAGAGCGAGUCUUCUUCAUGAAGGCAAGAAUAUUGGCCGGCCAAGCCGACCUCAAACUCAACGAGUUGGGGGAUACGGAGUUCGAGUGGCUGAGCAAAGAGGAGAUCAACGAGCGCGUUGACCCUCAAUAUUGGAGGCAGAUCCAAAACAUGCUGGCUGAGCGGUGA